AUGGCAGGAGGCUGUGGCACUGAAAUAAAUGCUGCGAUGGAAGACGAGACGUGCCCGCAGCGACUCUGGGGUCGACCCCAUGAGGAAGAAACCCUUCCUCCAGUGCAGUUGGUGACGCUGAGGCCCCGGUCCGGAUGUUCGGGGGCGGUGUCUCCACGCGCGGUGAGCCUGCUGGAGAUACCGUGUCGUCCCCACCAUCGACGUCACCGGAAUGCCCAGCGCCCGCAUCAACAGCCGUUGUCGCCCCCACGUGGAAACGAGGACAUGGCCGGCGAUGAAACGCAGGGGGAUACAGCUGGGGAAGGGACGGAGGACGCGGUCACGAUCUUCCUUAUCCACGGAGCCAUGGCCACGUGGCGUCAAUUUUCCCGAAUCCUGCCCUCCCUCCGACGGCAUUGUCGCGUUGUCUGCUACGACGCCUACGGUUGCGGGGACGGCCCCAAGCCCGAGAAUGUACCUCCCAGUGCGUACAGCACAGAGGCGCAUUUUGAGGACUUGCUGGAGGUGUACCAGCGCUUUAAAGGCAGGAGGAACGUCCUGGUGGGGCACUCGUUUGGCUCUUCGCAGGCGAUGCGGUUGGCGGCUGUCGUGGAAAGAGAGUUGCAAGGGCAGAAGCGCGAGGCCCAGGACGGAAACACCCCAACUCCACCUUCUCAAGAAGCUCAAAAGCCAGAAAUCGCUUCCCUUUCACCCCAUGCGAAUCGUAUCCACCCCUUCCCGCAAGACGACAGUGGACGCCGCCUGCCCGCGCCCCUCCCCCUUGAACCGCCCCCCCUCCUCGACGGGCACCGCCCGCCUUCUUCCUCCUCCUUGGCAGCAAGCCUCGCCAUCAGCAGCAGCACCACCUCCCCCGCCUCGCCUCCUUCC